UGGAAGAGCUUCCUGAAAGAAGAUAUUGUUUAAGAGAAAUGUGAAAGUAGCAAAACAGAAGAGAAUUGAAAGCUGAUACAGAGGACAGCGUGGAAAUUUUACUUCAUUUAUUUAACAAAUUAAUUCAGCAAAACUUUGUUGAACACCUACUCUUAUCAGUUAUUGUCUGAGGCAACAGAGCACAGCAGUGAACAAAGCAGACAGAAUCUCCUGCUUAUAUAUAACUACAGCUGAUGAUGUCUUUUAGUUUCAAUGGAUUUAGAGUUGGCAUCUCUUUUGUCAUGAUGUGCAUUGUUUAUAAGUCAGCAGUCAACUCUCUACCAGAACUGAGUCCUCAGAAAUAUUUUAGUACCUUGCAAGCAGGAAAAGCCUCCUUAGCUUAUUUUUGUCAAGCUGAUUCUCCAAGUACCUCUGUAUUUCUUGAAGAACUGAAUAAGGCUGUUAAACCUCUCCAGGACUAUGGAAUCUCAGUUGCAAAGGUUAAUUGUGUCAAGGAAGAAACAUCAAGAUACUGUGGAAAAGAAAAGGAUUUGCUAAAAGUAUAUUUAUUCAGAGGCAACAUAUUACUAAGAGAAUUCCCUACUGAUACCUUGUUCGAUGAGAAUGCCAUCAUUGCUCAUGUUCUCUUUGCACUUCUUUUUAACGAAGUAAAAUAUAUUACUACCCUGGAAGACCUUCAGAAUAUAGAAAAUGCUCUGAAAGGAAAAGCAAACAUUGCAUUUUCAUAUGUAAGAGCCAUUGGAACACCAGAGCACAGGGCAGUCAUGGAAGCUGCUUUUGUGUAUGGGAACACAUACCAGUUUGUCUUAACUACAGAAAUCGCCCUUUUGGAAAGUAUUGGAAUGGAGGAUAUAAAAUAUGCACAUCUCUACUUUUUUCAUUGUAAAGAAGUCUUGGACUUGACCCAACAAUGUAGAAGAACACUAAUGGGACAGCCAUUGACUACAGUUGACAUUUAUCGAUUUAUUAAGUCAAUGGAAGCACCUCUGCUGACUGAAGUUGCUGAAGAUCCUCAGCAAGUUUCAACUGUUCAUCUCCAACUAGGAUUACCUCUGGUGUUUAUUGUUAGUCAACAAGCUACAUAUGAAGCUGAUAGAAGAACUGCAGAAUGGAUUGCUUGGCGUCUUCUGGGAAAAGCAGGAGUUCUGCUCUUGUUAAGGGACUCUUUGGAAGUGGACAUUCCUCAGCAAGCUAAUGUGGUCUUCAAAAGAGAAGAGGGAAUGCCAGUGGAAUUUUUGGUGUUACAUGAUGUUGAUUUAGUAAUAUCCUAUGUAGAAAAUAACACAUACAUUGAGGAAACACGAGAAGAUGAAGCCGAUGACAUGGAAGGUCCAGAUAUGGGAAUGCAAGAUGAUGAAGUGGCAGAAAGUGUUUACAGAGACAGGAAGAGACAGCUGCCCUUGGAACUCACGGUAGAACUAACAGGAGAGACAUUUAAUGCGACAGUAACGGCUUCAGACAGCAUAGUGCUUUUCUAUGCUGGUUGGCAAGCAGUAUCCAUGGCAUUUUUGCACUCCUAUGUCAAUUUGGCAGUUAAAUUGAAAGGCACACCUGCUAUGCUGCUUACUAGAAUAAACUGUGCAGAUUGGCCUGAUGUAUGUACUAAGCAAAAUGUUACUGAAUAUCCUGUUGUAAAGAUGUACAAGGAAGGCGAGAACCCAGUAACUUAUAGUGGUAUGUUAGGAACUGAAGAUCUCCUAAAAUUUAUCCAGCUCAACAGGAUUUCAUGUCCAGUGAACAUAACAUCUAUCCAAGAAGCAGAAGAAUAUUUAAGUGGGGAAUUAUAUAAAGACCUAAUCUCCUAUUCUGGUGUGUCAGUACUGGGAUUAUUUAGUCCAACCAUGACAACAGCACAAGAAGAUUUCACCGAAGCAGGAAAGUACCUAAAAGGAUGUGUUAUCACUGGAAUUUAUUCUGAAGAAGAUGUUUUGAUACUGUCAAAUAAAUAUACUGCAACUCUUCCAGCCCUGCUGCUUGCCAGACACAAAGAAAGCCAAGUAGAGAGCAUUCCAUUAGCCAACACCCAUGCUCAAGAUAUAGUUCAAAUAAUAACAAAUGCAUUACUGGAAACAUUUCCGGAAAUCACUGUGGAAAACCUUCCCACCUAUAUAAGGCUUCAGAAACCAUUACUUAUUUUAUUCAGUGAUGGCAUAAUAAACCCUGAGUAUCAAAAGGCAAUAUUGACACUGGUGAAAGAGAAACACCUGGAUUCAGUUAUCCCUUGCUGGUUAAAUCUAAAGAACACGCCUGUGGGGAGAGGAAUCUUGCAGGCGUAUUUUGAAGUUCUGCCUCCCCUUCCUGUUCUUGUUGUGGUGAAUCUGCAUUCAGGUGGCCAAGUAUUUGCAUUUCCUUCAGACCAGGCUAUAACUGAGCAAAACCUUUUGUUGUGGCUUAAGAAAUUAGAAGCCGGCCUAGAAAGUCAUAUCACAAUUUUAUCUGCUCAGGAAUGGAAACCUCCUCUUCCUGCUUAUGAUUUUCUACGUAUGAUGGAUGCUGCAGCAUCUCAACAUCCCACUAGGAAAGGUUCUGAGUGUAUGAAAGAAACUGACAUUCAGGAGAAUGAUAAACAACCUGAAGAUAAAUCAGCAGUAAGGAAAGAACGGAUUGAAUUAUAGAGAAUAAAGCACUGGAAUAGAAGUAAUGUUUAAAGCAGAAAAAUCAGUUAGGCAUGAUAAGAGUUAUGAUGUUCAAAAAUGAGCUGAUUCAAUAGGGCUGUGGAAAGCUUUCCAAGAUCUAUUUGGCUUAUUUAAUAGACUUAAGAAUUUAUUUCAUUAAAAAAUAAUACUAAAUUAUUUCAAAUUUCUAUAAUAUGAGCCAUAUAUGUAAUUUAGAAUUUUCUAGUAGCCACAUUAAAGAAAGUAAAAGCAAGCAGGUGAAAUUAUUUUUAAUAAUAUAUUUCACAAGAAAGUAUACCCAAAAUAGUUCAUUUAACAUAAAAAUGAGAUAUUUUACAUUCUUUUUUUUCAUAUCAAGUGCAUAUUGUAUACUUAAUGCACUGCUCACUUUAGAGUAGCCACAUUUCAAGUGCUCAGUAGCAACAUGUGGCUGGUAACUACUGUAUCAGACAGCUCUGCUCUAGACAAGAACUGGUAUAAUUAAUUUAACUUAUUUCUAGCCUAAUGUAUUUUGAACUAACAUAUAAAUGUAACUCUAGUGUAAUCACAGUUGACUCCACAGUGGGAUCAUACAGCUGGCAGUUGUAUCUGUUUUGUUGUCAUGAUGUUGAAACUAUAGUAUUUCUUAACCAGGGAGCAGUUUUGCCCCCAGGGGACUUUUGGCAGUGUCAGGAGUCAUUUUUGAUUAGGGGUGUUACUGGCAUCUAGUGGGCAGAGGCCAGGGAUGCUGCUAAACACCCUAUAAUGCAUUGGGCAGCCUCCCACAACAAAGAAUUAUCCUACACAAAUGUCAAUAGUGCCAAGAUUAAGUAACCCUGUGUUAAACUAACCAUAGCAGAGUGGGCUCCCUGAAUUUUUUGGUUCUACUCAGUUACUGUGUUUGAAAAAAUCUUGAAUAUUAGCUGGUCUUAUCCUGAUAAUUAUCUGGACACAACCUUAUCUUAUAAAUUCUGUUUAUAAUAUUUUAGAAAAGUAAUAACAUAACUCUAAAAAGGACUCAGAGUGAGAUAUAUUAUAUGUCAGAAUAUAAUAUAUAUUGUGUUAGGUUUAUUAUAUAUUCUAUAUAUAGAGAGGCAUAUUAUAUAAUAGAAUAUAUGACAAUUCUUAUAUAAUAAUAUAAUUCUCAUAUAUAUAAAACAUCUGUAAAAGAGAAUCUUUUGUUUUUUUACUUUUUAAAAAUAAACUUUAUUAUUG